AUGGGGAAUGCAAACGGUAGAGAGGAAGGAGAGAGAGACGACGGAGAAGGAUUAGAAAACGGUGAGUCGUCGCAGGUGGUUGGAAGAGUGGCGUCGAAUACUACGUCGCGUUCGGUUUCAAUAUUGGCUAAUGACGAUAGUAUUCAUAAUAAUAAUAAUAAUCAUAAUAAUACCAAUAAUAAUAAUAGUCCUCCUGAUCAUGUUCCUGCUCGAUCCACAUCGCCUCUAUUGUUCCCUCCUCAGGUUCCUGUUGCUCCCUUGCAAAGGCCUAAUGCUCCUCCCUCUCUUGAUCAGAUGUGGCAGAAUGAGUCCCCUGAAGUUGUUAAUGAAGAUCAACCCCCUGAGCAAGGCAUCCCUACAAUUGUCACGUGGAACUAUGGUGGAAAUGAUGUGGCUGUCGAAGGAUCAUGGGAUAACUUUACAUCAAGGAAAAAAUUACAAAGAUCUGGCAAGGAUCAUUCUAUUCUUAUGGUCCUCCCAUCGGGCAUAUACCAUUAUAAGUUCAUUGUGGAUGGAGAGUGGAAAUAUAUUCCAGAUCUUCCUUUUGUAACUGAUGAAAUGGGCCGUGUUUGUAAUCUUCUUGAUGUUCAUAAUUAUGUGCCAGAAAACAUUGAUAGUGCGGUUGAGUUUGAGGUUCCAUCAUCUCCAGACUCCAGUUACAGUCAAGCAUUUCCAGCCGAGGACGAUUUUGCAAAGGAGCCUUUAGCAGUGCCACCACAGCUAAAUCUAACAGUCCUUGAUGAAGCUUCUUCUUCGAAGCCUCAACAUGUCGUGCUGAACCACCUUUACAUUGAGAAAGGAUGGGCAUCUCAGUCUCUAAUUGCUCUUGGAUUGACCCAUAGAUUCCAAUCCAAGUAUGUCACUGUUUGCCUUUAUAAGCCGCUCAGAAGGUAG